CCUUUAAUCAAUACAGAUAUUUUGAGCCAUAUAGCCUAUCCUUUCAUAAUUUCAUACAAUUCAAAUGUAUCGUGUAGAGGUCCACACAAGUCCGUAUGCAUGACUUUCCCUCCCUCUCCUUUUGCUCUCUGCCCUCUCAUUCACUCUCUCUCCACACACGCACGCGCACACACGCACCCGUGCUCCUUCGCAUUUCGUGGGAGAAAGUAAGAAGAGGGAGAGAGAAAGAGAGAUUGAGAGAGAGAGUGAUUUCAAGUCUCUCUCUGCUCUCUCUGCUUUCUUGUUAACUCAAUGGGGCUCUAGCAUUAGGGAUUUCAAGCUGUAAAACUGCAUAUUUAUUACCCGUUCCCUUUUUUCUAUUUAAGUUUUGUACAUAAGAUAGGUAACUUAUUGAAGAAUCAGUACAACCAAACCGGUCAAAACUUGGAAACUAUGGAUAUUCGGAAGAAGCGGAGACCGUGGUGCGCUCUGGUGUUUGUCUCGCUCAUGACCCUAACACUGGCACAAGCAGAUCCAGUUGAUGUUUUGCGGGUUCUGCAGUUGCCUUCACUCCCUGAAGGUGUGCAGAAGGUUCCGGGUUUCUGCACCUCACGCCGAGCUGGUACUCCUGAUCAUGCCUACCGUAUCACCAAGAAAGCCCAGCUCUCUGCCCCCACUAAGCAACUAUUCUCAGGACGUUUCCCGGAGAAUUUCUCCAUCAUGACCCUGGUAAAACCAAAGGCUGGUCUUCAGGCCUUCCUUUUGUCCAUCUACAAUGAGCAGGGUGUACAGCAGCUCGGUCUAGAAUUGGGACGCUCGCCCAUCUUUCUUUAUGAGGACCAGAAUCGCAAACCCGCCCCAGAGGACUACCCACUGUUCAGAGGGGUCAACCUGGCCGACGGCAAAUGGCACAGGAUUGCCAUUUCUGUGCAGAAGAAGAACAUAACUUUGAUUCUGGACUGCAAGAAUCGCGUCACCAAAGCUCUGCCGCGUAGCAACAACCCAGUUUUGGACACCAAGGGCAUCACUGUCUUUGGGGCCCGUUUACUGGAUGAGGAAGUGUUCCAGGGUGAGAUCCAGCAGUUGCUAAUCGCUUCCAACCCUCAGGCUGCCUAUGACUUCUGUGAGCACUACAGCCCUGACUGUGACUCCCCCCUGCCCAAAGUCCAGUCCCAGGACCCAAACAACUACGACAUCAAGGCUAACAAUGGCAAAGCUGAUAAGCCCAAAUCUGCUUCAGCUAAACCAGCUAAAGCCAAGCCUACUCCAACAAAGCUAACCCCAAAAGCUGCCAAGCCGAAACCUACUGCAGUGCAAACAUUGCUUUCAAAAAUCAAACCUACCCUAGCUUCAAAGCCAGUACCCAAACCCAAAGCAACACCAGCCCCCAAAAAUGGCAAGAAAGCUAAUAAUAAUGGAAAAGCUGCCAAUGAUAAUGGAAAAACAAACAAUGGUCAGGGAAAAGUAAAUGGAAAUGGCAAUGGCGCUAAUGGUGACAGUAAAGCAAAUGGCAAGGCCAAAAUCAAUGGCGAAGCUAAGGCUGGCAGCAGUGACAAAGCUAAUGGCAAUGGCAAUGGAAAGGCAGCUGAGGCAAAAAAAGCAAACAACAAUGGCAAAGCAGCUGACAAGGCAAACGGCAAAGCUAAGGCUAAUGGCAAUGGUGCGAAGACGGCAAAGACUGAAAAGACAGCAAAGAAAUCAGAGACAACCAAAAAGACCGUAGUUACCAAAACCGGAAUAAAUGAGGCAAAAACAACAAAAAGCAACACUGUGAAAGAUAAUGCUAAAGAGGCCAAACCAAAAGUGACAAAACCUGCAGUGUCCAAAGACGAGAUUGAAAAGCCAAAAGUCAAUCCAGCAUCCACAAAGCCGAAAGUGGUGAUAGAUAAGUUUCAGACAAAAGUCAAAGAGGUCAAAGUAAAAGCCGUCACUCAAAAGCCUGUUGCUUUCAAACCUUUGCCUGUCCCCAUCCCUUCAAAGCCCAGGGUGGAGUUGGAUGUCAAUAACGUCAAAUCUAUGUCCAAAAAUUUCCCACCCUUCGACAAGGCUGUUGUGAGUGGCCGGACCAUCUCGUCUCCAGAAAUACCCAGGAAGAAAUCAACCAAUGGUUAUCAACAGGAUGUAGAUUCUGCUUACUCUGAGGCUGACCACACCCCCACAGAGACUGAUUAUUAUUACACAAUAGAAGAAGAGGCAAGUCCACAGCCAGAGAUAGAGCUGACUGGAUAUGAAGAAACCAUUACCAAGGUUGAUGAGCCUUUCCUGGGUGAGGAGAAAGAUCUCACAGGUGUCGAAGGAGUGUCUCAAACUCCUGACGAAUCCUUCACUGAGGAGUAUGUAACCAGCGACUUUGGAAUGAAGGAGUAUGACUAUUCCUACAAGGACUACAAUGAGCCCAUCUCUGAAAGCAAGACAGAAGACAGCCUGGGUCCUGCCCUGUCUGCUGUGACAGAUGAGGGGGGUGUCUCCGUGCUAGCCCUGAAGGGAGAGAAGGGAGAGCCUGCUGUCCUUGAACCUGGUAUGCUGAUUGAAGGCCCUCCCGGGCCAGAAGGACCAGCAGGUCUCCCAGGCCCCGCUGGCACGCCUGGACCCCCUGGUUCUGUUGGUGACCCAGGUGAAAGGGGUCCUACUGGUAGGGCUGGUCUACCUGGAGCAGAUGGUGUUCCUGGACCUCCAGGAACUUCUGUCAUGCUUCCUUUCCGUUUUGGACAGAGUGGGGGCGACAAAGGGCCCAGUGUCUCAGCGCAGGAGGCCCAAGCUCAAGCCAUUCUGUCCCAGGCUCGGCUGGCUUUGAAGGGUCCGGCUGGGCCAAUGGGCUUCACUGGUCGUCCCGGACAUUUGGGUAUGCCUGGAAGUCCUGGUUUGAAGGGAGAGAGUGGAGACCCUGGUCCUCAGGGCCCCAGAGGUCCUCACGGAUUGCCUGGUCCUCCUGGAAAAUCUGGUCGUAGAGGUCGUGCUGGUGCUGAUGGAGCCAGAGGAAUGCCAGGAGAGCUCGGAAUUAAGGGUGACCGUGGCUUUGAUGGCCUUCCUGGUUUGCCUGGUGAUAAGGGUUCUCGCGGUCAAACUGGUGGAAUGGGACCCGCAGGACCCCCUGGAGAGGAUGGCGAGAGGGGAGACGAUGGAGAGGUUGGAUCCAGGGGUCUUCCAGGUGAACCGGGGCCCCGUGGUUUGCUGGGGCCUAAAGGGCCCACUGGAAUUCCUGGACCUCCUGGUGUUCGAGGAAGUGAUGGUCCACAUGGUCCAAAAGGAAACUUGGGACCCCAAGGAGAGCCAGGACCUCCAGGACAGCAGGGGGGCCCAGGAACACAGGGAAUGCCCGGACCACAAGGGGCUACUGGGCCAGCAGGAGAUAAAGGACCUACAGGAAAACCAGGUCUGCCAGGAAUGCCUGGAGCUGACGGUCCUCCUGGUCAUCCUGGAAAAGAAGGACCUGGUGGAACCAAAGGAAAUCAGGGUCCAAAUGGUCCUCAGGGGUCUAUUGGCUAUCCUGGCCCUCGGGGAAUUAAGGGAACUCAAGGUAUCCGUGGACUGAAAGGCCAUAAGGGAGAGAAGGGAGAGGAUGGCUUUCCUGGAAUCAAAGGAGACUUUGGUGUGAAGGGAGAGAGGGGAGAGGUGGGAAUGCCUGGCCCAAGAGGGGAGGAUGGUCCUGAGGGCCCAAAGGGUCGUUUCGGCCCCCCUGGUGAGCCCGGUCCAAUCGGCCUGGUGGGAGAGAAGGGUAAGCUUGGUGUGCCUGGACUUCCUGGAUAUCCCGGAAGGCAAGGAAUUAAGGGCUCCCUUGGUUUCCCAGGAUUCCCUGGUGCAAAUGGCGAGAAGGGUGCAAGGGGUUUGAUUGGUAAAGCUGGACCAAGAGGACAAAGGGGGCCAACUGGUCCCAGAGGUCAGAGGGGCCCCCGUGGGUCAACAGGAAAACCAGGUGCAAAGGGUGGAUCAGGCAGUGACGGGCCUUCUGGACCACUAGGAGAGAGAGGGCCACCUGGACCCCAAGGUGUAAAUGGAUUCCCUGGGCCAAAGGGACCUCCUGGACCCCCAGGGAAAGAUGGACUGCCUGGACACCCUGGACAAAGAGGCGAAGUUGGUUUCCAAGGCAAGACUGGACCUCCUGGGCCACCAGGCGUGGUUGGACCACACGGUCCCUCCGGUGAGACUGGUCCCAUGGGUGAGCGUGGCCACCCAGGACCCCCAGGACCACCCGGUGAGCAAGGUCUUUCUGGGCCAUCUGGUAAAGAGGGAACCAAAGGAGAUCCUGGUCCCCCUGGCGGCCCCGGUAAGGAUGGACCCCCUGGACUGAGAGGAUUCCCAGGAGAGCGAGGACUGCCAGGGACACCGGGCUCCGGGGGACUGAAAGGAAGUGAAGGCCCUGCUGGACCACCUGGACCUGCUGGUUCUCCUGGAGAGAGAGGACUUGCUGGCAAUGCGGGACCUGUUGGCCCACCUGGGCGCCCUGGACCUCAGGGACCCCCUGGAUCUUCAGGGGAGAAAGGAGUGCCAGGAGAGAAAGGCCCAAUAGGUCCAGCUGGUCGUGACGGCAUCCAGGGUCCAGUUGGUCUCCCAGGCCCUGCUGGACCGCCAGGUGUUUCUGGAGAGGAUGGAGACAAGGGUGAGGUUGGGGAUUCAGGACAUAAAGGAGCUAAAGGAUCCAAGGGAGAACAUGGUCCUCCUGGACCACCCGGACCACAUGGUCCUGUGGGACAACCUGGUGCUGCUGGUGCUGAUGGGGAGACAGGUGCGAGAGGACAGCAAGGGCCAUUUGGUUCUAAGGGUGAUGAAGGAACCAGAGGAUUCCCUGGGCCUCCAGGCCCCAUUGGACUGCAGGGAUUGCCAGGCCCUGCUGGAGAAAAGGGAGAGACUGGAGAUGUUGGACCACUGGGUCCUCCUGGUCCCCCAGGACCACGUGGUCCAGCUGGUCCUAAUGGUGCUGAUGGAACUCAAGGUCCUCCAGGAGGUUUGGGUAAUCCAGGUCCCAUAGGAGAGAAGGGUGAACCUGGUGAAUCUGGACCACCUGGUGUUGGUGGAGAGCCAGGAAAAAUGGGCCCCAGAGGAGAGCAUGGUGAGAAGGGAGAGGCUGGGCAGCCUGGCACCUCCGGUCCCCCUGGUGGAAAAGGCCCCGGUGGAGACGACGGUCCCAAAGGAAACCCUGGUCCUGUUGGUUUCCCUGGUGAUCCUGGCCCACCCGGAGAAGUUGGACCACGGGGUCAAGAUGGAGCAAAGGGAGAAAGAGGAGAGGACGGUGAACAAGGAGAAGCUGGGUCUCCUGGACCAACUGGUGAGAACGGACCACCUGGGCCUCCAGGAAAAAGAGGUCCUGCAGGAACGAGGGGACCAGAGGGGCGUCAAGGAGAGAAAGGAAGCAAGGGCGAUUCAGGUGCCAAUGGACCUCCAGGAAAGACUGGCCCUGUGGGGCAACAAGGUCAACCAGGAAAACCAGGAACUGAGGGUCUAAGAGGGUUGCCAGGAUCAGUGGGUGAACAAGGUUCUCCAGGAUCUGCCGGCCAGAAAGGCCCCCUUGGACCUAUUGGUCCUCCAGGUUUACGUGGUCUUCGUGGUGACUUUGGUUCUAAAGGUGAGAAGGGACACCCAGGUAUGAUCGGUCUGAUUGGGCCUCCAGGAGAGCAAGGAGAGAAGGGAGACAGAGGAAUGCAAGGCCCCCAGGGAUCACUUGGACCCAAGGGAGAAACUGGAAUGUCUGGUGGAACUGGACCUCUCGGCCCUGCAGGUCCAGCUGGUGUGCCUGGUCCAAGAGGUAUCAAAGGAGCUAAAGGUGCCUCUGGUGGAGCUGGUCCUAAGGGAGAGAAAGGUGUUCAAGGUCCACCAGGACUACCUGGUCCCCCUGGUGAUGUCAUCCAGCCGCUGCCCAUCCAGAUCCACAAGAAGUCCAAGCGCUCCAUUGAUGCCAGUAAGAUGCUCUCUGAGACGGACACUGAGGCUGCCGAAACCACAGGCACUGAGAUUUUGACCGGUAGUGAAGGUGUGGAUGAGAUCUUUGGAUCACUCAAUUCCCUUCGCCAGGAGAUCGAGAGCAUGCGCUUCCCACUGGGGACGCAGGAAAGCCCGGCCCGCACCUGCCAAGACCUCCACCUCAGCCAGCCAGACUUGAAAGACGGCGAAUAUUGGAUUGAUCCAAAUCAAGGUUGUGCCCGAGACUCUUUCAAGGUGUUCUGCAACUUCACUGCCGGUGCAGAGACUUGCUUGUAUCCCAACAAAGCGAUAGAGAACAUUAAAAUAAACUCUUGGCCAAAUGAGAAGCCUGGGUCCUGGUACAGUCAGUUUGCUAAGGCCAGCAAGCUUUCAUAUGUGGACUCAAGUGGAGAACCCGUGAGUGUAGUCCAGCUGGGCUUCUUGCGGUUGCUUAGCGUCCAGGCCCGGCAAAAUCUAACCUACCACUGCCACCGUUCAGUGGCCUGGGUUGACUGCUCUGCCGACAAUGGCUACCAGAGGGCACUGCAUUUCCAGGGUGCCAAUGAAGAGGAGCUCAGCUAUGAGACUAGCCCCUACAUCAAAGCCCUCGUAGAUGGCUGCUCUUAUCGUAAAGGUUUUGACAGGACAGUGCUGGAGGUGAACACCCCACAGGUGGAGCAGCUCCCUCUGCUGGACAUCAAGAUAUCAGACUUUGGGGAGGACAAUCAGAAAUUUGGUUUUGAAGUGGGACCUGUCUGUUUCCUGGGAUAAAAA